AUGGUCGCAGCAUGCAAGAUCUUGAAUAUACCCAUCUAUUGCACUACCCAGAAUGCGGCAAAGCUCGGCGCAACCGUCUCAGAACUCAUCGAUAUCCUACCCGCCGAUACCAAAGAGGUGGAUAAGACCGCUUUCAGCAUGAUGGUCCCCGAAAUCACAACCCGCCUCUCCCAACAAGCUCAAGCCUUCUCCUCAGCCCAGUACCCCGGCUCGUCCUCUUCUCCUUACUCCCCGAACCAACCCUCUUACCCUAACCAACAACCAAACACCCAGCCCUGUCAGAUCCUCCUCCUAGGAAUCGAAUCCCACAUCUGCAUUCUCCAAACCGCCACCGAUCUACUGUCUCUCGGCCACAGAGUCUAUGUCCUUACCGACGGCGUCUCCUCCUGUAAUGCCGGCGAACGGGGGAUUGCGCUAGACAGGUUGAGGAUGGAAGGAUGUGUGGUGACGACGAGUGAGAGCGUGCUUUUUGAAAUGCUGGGGGAUGCGAAGAGUGAAGGAUUUAGGGAGGUGAGUAAGUUGGUGAGGGAGUGGAAGGAUCAGACGAAGAGCGCGGUGGGGGUGCUUUGCCAGGGCUUAUAUGGUGGGCUAGAGGAGGGAAAGGACGACAAGGGAAGAGAGCAGAGAGAGGGGAAAGGGGAGGGACCUGGAAGUUUGAGUAGGUUGUAG